CUUCAACAUGGAUACAUUUUCCGGACCACAACAUGACGACCGCGCCGACUGCAGCGGCGGCAGCUGCGUCACUCCUUCAUGCCGUUGAAGGCAGCCAACGCACGUUUUCCAGUGGUCACAUCGUGCCUUCAACGGAUAAGAAGGAUGGUAGCGCUGUUCUCCAUGCCUCUCUUGUGUGGAAAGACCGUGAUCUUGUCAACAGCACCAUCCACUUGACGUCGACGCAACACGUUUUGUCCAACAACGCGAUCGUGUCCGGGCUGCCCACGAGUAUUACGCCGCAGUACGUGAGCUACUCCCCGUCAAGCAUGCGGUCGGUCGUGAUCACGGACGUUCCCGAUGACAACGCAUCGGCGCAGUUUGCGUUUUACUCGCAACAGCGUUUACUCCACGUCCAUCGCACACCGAAGGAGCUGCAUGGCGGGUUGUACUUGGGUGUGUCCGAAGGCGGUGUUUGCUGGUCCGAAGACGAGACGUUUGUGUACUACAUCGCCGAGCAAAAGGACGCCGACGGAAAACCUUUCUGGAGCCCCGCGAAUGCUGCCGCCGACGCUUCAAAGGACUCUUCGUCGGUCGUCGGGCAUCAGUUUGACUAUAAAGAAGAUUGGGGAGAGCAAUACGUUGGCAAGCGCACGUCCCGAGUCUUCACCAUGGUCGUCCAAAGCGGCCAGUGUGCCGAGGUACAAGGAAUCCCAUCGUCCUUGGCCUGCAGCGAAGUCGCAGUCGUGCCCCGCACCAACUCGAUCGUGUUCACUGCAAUCGACACGACGAGCCGCCGCCUCGGACUCAUCUACUGCUUCAACCGCCCCAAAGCCCUGUACUCGCUGGACGUGGCAUCGGAUGGCAAGGCCAUCAAGUUGCCGCUUCGACUUGCCGCCAACACCCGUUCGCCUCGCGUCAGUCCGGACGGAACCAAGAUUGCUUUCCUCGGCACGGCAGACGUCGUAACCCACAACACGUGCAACCUGCUAGGUGUAUUCGACUGGACUACCAAGGAAGAGCGCGUCGUCGUCCCAAUUGUGGACGAGCCAUCGGACUCGACCUUUCGUGGUUUGUACAUGCUGUCGCUGCUGCCGCACGCUUGGUCCCAUGACUCGACCCACAUCUACGUCAACACGGAAGUGGGCACGCGGGUGGUGUGGAAGGCGAUCGAAGUCGCGACUGGCGCGGUUCAGUCCCCCGAGUAUGCGCUAGGCGAUGAAGGCACUGGGUCGGAAGUGCUGGUCGACAUCUAUGCAAAUCACGCGCUCGUGGCCGUGAGCACGCCGCAAACGCCGGUCGGGAUUCAAUGGGUGAAUCUCCAGCACGGUGCGCACGUCGUGUCCCGCACACCUGUCUACACGCAAGGGCGUUGUCCAUUUGUCGAAUCGUGGUCCAUCGAGCCCAUCGCUCCAACCUCCAUCGCGAGUCGAGUGCUGUCCGUGGCGGCGCAAGCAGCGGCCCCACUGCUACCGCAGGUCUCGAGCGAAUCUCCGUACGACGCCCUCGUGUUGUGGCCAAGCCGUGCAUCGCUGGCGUCCCCUGGGGCGUCGGUGCCGUCCGCCAACGGCAUUCCUGUUGUCGUCGACCUGCACGGCGGGCCGCACGGCCACUCCCCCGCGACGUUCCGCGCGUCGUAUGCGUACUUUUGCGCGCUCGGGUUUGCCGUCGUCGCGGUAAAUUACCGUGGAAGUGUUGGGUAUGGCCGUGCGCCGCUGGAAUCGUUGGUCGGAAAAGUCGGCUCGCAAGAUGUCAUCGACUGCCAUCAUGCUGUGCUCCACGUGCUGGCCAAAUACGCAGGACGACUCGAUGCAACACGUGUGCAUGUGUCUGGCGGGAGCCACGGCGGCUUUCUCGUCGCGCACCUCAUCGGGCAGUUCCCGUCUUUUUACAGGUCGGCGGUCCUGCGGAACCCUGUCGUGAACAUCUCGAGCUUGUUUUUCACAAGCGACAUCCCGGACUGGGGGUGUGCAGUCACGGGGGUGGCUGCUUUUGACUCGAUUGCGACCAGGUCGGCCGUUGCGUCGUCCCAUGGCCCGCCGCGCAGCGCAACAUUGGCACGGAUGUGGGAACUCAGUCCCAUGGCGAACGACCUCGCGGCAAUCCAAACGCCGGUGCUGCUCGGCCUUGGUGGAAAGGAUCGCCGCGUCCCGCCGACACAAGGGAUCCAAUUCUUCCACAGCCUGCAGCACCAUGGGCGCACGGUCCGUGUGCAGUGGUACCCCGACGACUGCCAUCCCCUGGACUCGGUCAAGGCGUACGGAGACUUUGCCGUGCAUUGGGGCCUCUGGUUACUCCAGCAUAACACGUAAUUUCUGCAUUGUUCGGCGGGAGACAUGAAACACUUGAUGGUGUUUGUGAAGGAAAACCUGCUCGUGCAUUGUGUGUCCAUGCACUCCUGUCCGAUCAAUCGAGCCAUUCCGCGCCGCAGGAGGGCAAAUUGCACUCGGCUCUUCCAAGCGGGACCUCGUCCAUCUUCGAUUUCAUCUCCACCAGCGGGAGUUCAGCACACCCGUCAUGUGCGAUCCAGUCGCGAGCGAUGGCUUUGCUCUGUUCAGGCCGCAGCAAUUGAGACUGCAAUUGUACAGUAUUUGUAUUAUUUGUAUAAAA